AUGGCCGGCAUAUUUGAAUAUGAGGAUGGUGACCACGAGGCGACCAUCCCCGUGACCACCACCAGGAGGAACUUCCCCCCUCCAGCAGUGAUCAUGUGCCCGUUGUCUGCCGCCCUCUUCCUCUACUGCCUCCUGGUGGCCGCGCCCCUCGGCCCAGGAGGCGGUAUAGUCAUGAUAGCAGCUGGUGAGACUAGCAUGUUCGGCCUACACACUGAGGAGUCACCCAGGAGGAGACAAAUGUGGAUGCAGAAGGAGUUCGAGUUCCCGGAGACGACAAGUGAGGUGACCGUGUGUCUCCACUACCAGCUGAUGGUCACCUACGGCCCUACAGCCUAUAUCUUCACCCUCGCCAAGAACCUCGGCUUCCUUGUUAAGGACGAGCAGUACGGGGUGGCGCUGGACAAGAUGCACCUGGAGCUGGAGGAGACACCUGUACCCUGGAGGUGGACGCACGCCUGUGUGGUGUUCGGGCAGGACCCAGCCGUCUACCUGAACGGUAAAACCACCCAAGGCGAGCUCAUGGGACCAGGACUAUCACUGAAUAUGGCGGCGAACUUCAAGGUGACUGUGGGUGUUCCUUCAGACUACUACGACGUGAGCCACCACCCUGCAGCAGGCGUCUUCGUCACCGUGCCCAGGGUAUACCCCCGCACCCUCUCUCCUGCUGAGGUCGCUUCACUAUCAGGGUGCGGCCCAAUACCCGUUGGUGACCUGGGGGAGGGGGAGUGGAUCGUGCUGGGAGAUGACUUCGUGGAGCUGGGCGUAAUCACCAAUACCCCCGAGAGCGUUACCUACACACCUCAACCACCCACGGGGUACCUGGUUGAGGAGAAGGUCGACUUGGCAGAGAUAUGUCCGCCGUACCCCGCCCACGAUUACCUGGUGGUGGAGGGGUCGCAGGUGAGCUACCCCGACGCCGCCAGGCACUGCGCUGCCUACGGGGGAGAGUUGCCCGCAGCUGACGACCCUGCCCUGCUGGACAAGGCCAAGAAGGUGUUAGACGACAACCCACACGUGUCCCUGGAGUACUGGGGAGCUGGGGAGGGGAAGGCGUGCCCCAUGAUGCUCCUGAAGGAAGGGUGGGCUGCACACCACAUCCUCGACAAGUGUGACCAGCUCCUCAAGUACCUCGCCUGCAAGGUACCGCUCAGCGCCCCCUUGAAGCUCCUGCGUAACAGCCCAGCAGGCACUGACUACGACGACACCUUCUAUGUAGUGGCCCGGGAUACCAAGGUUAGACUGGUGUCUCUGGCUGGCCGGCAAAUCAAACAAGAAGGACAGAGUCUGUUUCUGACCAACACUGAGAGGGAUAUAGUGGCUACCGCCCCCGCCACCAACAGCCAGCCUGUGGGCCGCUACUCUUGGACUUACAUAAACAACGACACCACUGUCACCAUGGUCAUCACCAGCUGCUCCGUGGAGCAGUUCACGUGCUCGGACGGGUCCUGCCUGCCACUGUCUCACCGCUGUGAUGGAAUGACUCACUGUCACGAUGACUCAGACGAGACCUGCACCCUCCUAGCGCCCCUACCAGACUCCUACCGCAGGAACCGUCCCCACAAGCCCCGCACUCCCCUCCAGCUGUCCGCCAACCUCCUCAGGAUCCACAACGUCGACGUGGAGAACACAGUCAUGGCCACUUGCCUUCAGCUCAUCACGAAAUGGGAGGACGAUCGUGUGAAACUCUCCCAGCUGAGCCCCAACCCAGCUGACAACGGUAUGCCGGACCUGAUUGUAUGGGAGCCCAGCUACAGGCUCAAGAACGCUGCCUUCUUCGACGCCAUGGCCUAUAUCGACAGGGAAAGUACUGAGACCUUCAUCAGGGCUCACCGCUCAGGCAACGGUGUCGUCAACAUUGUGGAUGGCACCGAGGGAUACGUGUACACAGCCGGGAGCAACGCCUUCCUUGAGAGGACGGAGGGCUUCAAGGCCUCCUACGUGUGCAGCUUCCAGAUGGACAUUUACCCCUUCGACGUGCACGAGUGUCAGAUGCACAUUGGCAUCCAACACACCGGGGAGUUUAAGGCCUUCUUCGACCUCUCCAAACUGACGAUCGUGGACUCUGAGCCAUCAGUUCUGACGCUCUUUACCAGCUCCAAGAUGUGUUACACUUACACCGUGGACGAGGACGACCUCAUCACCUCUCUCACCUUCAGGGUGUUGCUGACCCGUCGCUACGGUGCCUACGUUUUCACCACCUUCGUCCCCUGCAUUAUCCUCAGUAUCAUCGGCUCCUUCACGCAGUUCUUCGGCUACACCAACUUCAGUGACCGCAUCAUGGUGACACUGUCCUGCCUCAUCGUGGUGGCCGCCCUCUUCUCCCAGGUGGCCGUCACCGCCCCAGCCUCAGCCGCUCCUAAAGCCAUCGACAUUUUCUUCUUCUACUCCACCAUCCGCAUGUUCAUCACCUUCCUCCACCAUUCGUGUCUCUUCUUGGUGCAGACUCACGUGAACCUCCAGAGAGAUAAGAAGAAACAAGAGGCAAAGGAACGCCAGGACACUGUACAGGUCAUCAGCACCAAGCCCAAGAGCGCCCUGGAGCGUGACCAGGACGACAUCCCCGAAGCUGCCAGCUAUGAUAAACCCCCGAAGGUGUACCUCCCGACCCUGUCCUUCCCCUGGAUGGGGUCUGAUCCCUCAAGCGGCGUAAAGAAAGACGACGUUAAGUAUCCAGAAUACGACAGAAUUUUUAACAUCAUCAGCAUCAUUCUAGGCUACCUAUUGGAUCUCGUCUGCGCAUGUGCGUUCUUCUACUGGGUGGUUUACAAUCGCAGCGCAGUCACCGAGAAGUUCUCAAAUGCCAGCAAGAGUUGUAGUGAAGCUCUGAAUCCAAGGGAGGCCGAACCCGUACCCGAGUUCGAACCCAUACCCAUGUUCCAACCAGAACCUGAACCCGAACUCCAAGCUCCGAUAAUUUAAUGGUAACCUUCAGCCUCACCAGUCUCCCCGGAAAAUAAUUUGAGAUGAAAUUCUACGUUGUUGAUGUCGUGUAUAUACUGAUAAACUGUGUCCAUAAAGACCUCAGUUGUUAAUGUUUAGUAGUACAGUAAUACAUUAUAUUAUCAACAACACUAUUUUACAUAUUAACAGUAAUACCAAACUUUAUAUAAGCUAUUAUAACAAGACAAAUACUGAACUAUAACAUCAUAAAAGUUACCAAGUAUUACCAUAUGUAACAGUUCUAGUAUGAUCUUUGUGGGACGAAAUUAACAAGGGCCAAAACCUAACCUAACCUAAUAUAAUGUAAUCUAAGCACCUAACCUAAUCUAACCUUAAUACCUAACCUAACCCCCCAGGUAGCGUUAGGAUGUUUAAUCAACAGGUGAAAUAAGCUGGGAUGGUCUAAUCUCCAGAUGACUCGACAACAGCAAUUAGGAUCGACGACUGUAACCUUGAAUUCCUUGUGUGUUGUUUGGCAUAUGUUUCAGUAUACCACAAGACCACGAGUAACACAAACAAGUAUAUCCCCCAGUAGAUGUUAUACCAGCAGGAGAUGUAGAUGUAGUGUGUAUACUUGUGGUAGCCACAGUCCCCUUUCAUAGUGCGUUUACAGGGGUUCGUCAUAUAA